CUCGGUACCAAUCUCUCUCCCGGUACCAAUCUCUCUCUCGGUACCAAUCUCUCUCCCGGUACCAAUCUCUCUCCCGGUACCAAUCUCUCUCUCGGUACCAAUCUCUCUCUCGGUACCAAUCUCUCUCCCGGUACCAAUCUCUCUCUCGGUACCAAUCUCUCUCUCGGUACCAAUCUCUCUCUCGGUACCAAUUUCUCUCUCGGUACCAAUCUUUUAUAGUGCUGAUCAUGAACUGAAAUGAUGUUUAAGCCAACACUCGUGUCGCUAUUUGAAGCUGACUUCCUUGUUGCCCUAAUGGCUGUGGACUCCAAUGGUGUGUUAUGUUAGUGGGCCUACCAGCGUUGGGCUCAAUUCCAUUUCAAUCCCAGUCGAUUCAGGAAGUACACUGAAAUUCCUAUUCUCUUCAAUGCUUUUCAACGAGGAACAUGUGGAAUUGGAACUUGGUUUACGUUCUGAAUUGACGGAAUGCAAUUGACCCCAAGCCUGGAGUCUUCGGCCAUGUCUCGGGGUCAACGUCUUGGUACACCACAGUCACUUUAGCCACUACUAGUGUACAGACAGAUGGGUUGUAUGUAUAAAUGCCAAAUGAUGAUGUUCCACAAGGCAGCUGUACUAAUGGGUUUGUUCAUGCUGGCUGUACUGAAAGUACCCAAAUCCUACCGUUGCUGUUCCUGUGUGACAUCAUCAUGUUCCAGGUUCCUUCCAGCAGGUUUGGGGUCCCAUUUAUUUUACCAUUCAGUCAAUUCAGAGAGUCGAUUGGAAUUUCAGUUUUGUUUCCUGGAUGGACAGAACUGAUAGGGAAUUGACCCCCGACCCUGCAAACAAUAGUCCAUUUGUACAGGGGCCCCCUGGUGGUUGUUGUAGAAUGUCUUAGUUCAGUCUGAGUUUUCCUUCCGAACGUCGUUGUGGACAAGGAAAACAGAAGGGGACAGCGGUUACCACACAAUGCUGUCCGACAGCCAUGUUUCAUAGGAGGAGUUUGGGUUCCAAAGGGUCGUCUUCUGUUACCUGUUCUCUCAUUGUAUCAUAUUGUACAAAUCAUUAUUAUUGGGUUCUAACUUGCAUUAUAUUUUUUUCUACCUACAUUUUAAAAGAGUUCGUAAACUAUAGGAAUUGUACAAAAAGUACUUUAAUAGAUAUUGUUUAUUAAAGAAAGGAACUGUUAGUGGAAAAAAUUGAUUAUUUGCCAAACUCCUUUUUUCAAUUCUAGAAUAUGAUGAUUUCCCCGGAGUUCUAGAAAGGGUUCCGUUGGUUCCAUUUACGAUGUAAACAUUCCUUAUUUCCUCUGUUUUGGUCUCAGAACACCAGACACUAUAAAGAACUACGCAGUGAAUGAAACAAUUCAUUACUCACUGGGCACAGACGUCAGUUCAACAUCUAUUCCACGUUGGUUCAACGUCAUUUUGUUGAUUCAACCAGUGAACAGCCCAUUGGGUCUUCUGUUGAAAAAUAGAAUGACUUCAUAUUGUAUGGACUUUACAUUGGUGGGGUGGGAGGGAGGCGAUUUUGAUAUUUGCAUUUUUCUGUUCUGGAAAUGUGUUUACCAGAAUGUUAGUAUUUUUUGACCAGAGGAAAAACCAUAGUGUGUAUUUAGAUGUCUACAACAAUGUUCAUACAAUAUUCCAUCACUGCCAACAACCCCCUGUGUUUUGUAGCAUGGCAAAAUAAUAAUUAAAAAAAUGGAACUAAGUCUUGUCUCUGGGUUGUUUUUCUAUGUGUCAUAAUUAUCAUUGAUAGUUUAUUGUAUUGCUUCGGUUUAUAUUGUAUUAUUUUAGCUCUCACACACUGUACUGAAGUAAGGAGAGUGACCCCUGGUGGUAAUGGAAGGGACAUGCAGUCCCUCCUGGACUGGACUGCUUCGGUUUAUAUUGUAUUAUUUUAGCUCUCACACACUGUACUGAAGUAAGGAGAGUGACCCCUGGUGGUAAUGGAAGGGACAUGCAGUGCAACUGUCUCCCUGGUGACGGCAAUAAGAGUGUGGCAAUCAUUGAUAUGGACAGACUUCAUUCUGAGUAAUAAAGUGCAAUGAGGAAGAAUUGUGUGAAACAAAAUGCUUUCGGGAGAACUGGACUGGCUGGUCUUACCGUACACAAGGAGGACGUUGUGUUGAGGUGGUCUUACUGUACACAAGGAGGACGUGUAGAGGUGGUCUUACCGUACACAAGGAGGACGUUGUGUAGAGGUGGUCUUACCGUACACAAGGAGGACGUUGUGUAGAGGUGGUCUUACCGUACACAAGGAGGACGUUGUGUAGAGGUGGUCUUACCGUACACAAGGAGGACGUUGUGUAGAGGUGGUCUUACCGUACACAAGGAGGACGUUGUGUAGAGGUGGUCUUACUGUACACAAGGAGGACGUGUAGAGGUGGUCUUACCGUACACAAGGAGGACGUUGUGUAGAGGUGGUCUUACCGUACACAAGGAGGACGUGUAGAGGUGGUCUUACCGUACACAAGGAGGACGUUGUGUAGAGGUGGUCUUACCGUACACAAGGAGGACGUGUAGAGGUGGUCUUACCGUACACAAGGAGGACGUUGUGUAGAGGUGGUCUUACCGUACACAAGGAGGACGUUGUGUAGAGGUGGUCUUAACGUACACAAGGAGGACGUGUAGAGGUGGUCUUACCGUACACAAGGAGGACGUUGUGUAGAGGUGGUCUUACCGUACACAAGGAGGACGUUGUGUAGAGGUGGUCUUACCGUACACAAGGAGGACGUUGUGUAGAUGUGGUCUUACCGUACACAAGGAGGACGUUGUGUAGAGGUGGUCUUACCGUACACGAGGAGGACGUUGUGUAGAGGUGGUCUUACCGUACACAAGGAGGACGUGUAGAGGUGGUCUUACCGUACACAAGGAGGACGUUGUGUAGAGGUGGUCUUACCGUACACAAGGAGGACGUGUAGAGGUGGUCUUACCGUACACAAGGAGGACGUUGUGUAGAGGUGGUCUUACCGUACACAAGGAGGACGUUGUGUAGAGGUGGUCUUACCGUACACAAGGAGGACGUUGUGUAGAGGUGGUCUUACCGUACACAAGGAGGACGUUGUGUAGAGGUGGUCUUACCGUACACAAGGAGGACGUUGUGUAGAGGUGGUCUACACUCGUCUCUAACCCCUGCAGGAGAGACCUCUUCACUGGACAGGGAUAAGGUGCAGGAGAGACCUCUUCACUGGACCAGGAUAAGGUGCAGGAGAGACCUCUUCACUGGACCAGGAUAAGGUGCAGGAGAGACCUCUUCACUGGACCAGGAUAAGGUGCAGGAGAGACCUCUUCACUGGAUCAGGAUGAGGUGCAGGAGAGACCUCUUCACCGGACCAGGAUAAAAAUCUGUGAAUCAAUCCGUUGUGGUGAUAUGGGUGAUAUGAGUAACUGCCCUUUGAACUCCAGGAAAAAGUUUUCACACACAAGCUCUACUUCCUGGUUUGGGUUUUGAGCUCUACAUUAAUGCAGCACCCGUCUGAAAAAUGUGUCCAGUUGACUCACAGAACUUCUGUCAAGAGAUAUAGCACCACAACAACUGCAGAACUUGAUGUUGUGUCCCACACAGACCAGAGGAACAGGGACUUGAGGCCAUGGCAGAGCAGGGGGAAGCCCAGGGGACAGGAGAGGAACCACGAACACCCAACACGCCACCCCUGAACCACCGGGGGACAGGAGAGGAACCACGAACACCCAACACGCCACCCCUGAACCACCAGGGGACAGGAGAGGAACCACGAACACCCAACACGCCAUCCCUGAACCACCAGGGGACAGGAGAGGAACCACAAACACCCAACACGCCACCCCUGAUCCACCGGGGGACAGGGGGGACUUUCGGGGAGGGUCAAGAUGUGGAGAAGGGAGAAGUCAUAACCAGAUCCGCGAGGGAGAAGAACGGUCGCUUCACCAACCCCUGGCCCACAUGGCACUACCCCUCCUCUGCCUCCCUGCUCCGGUUCUACCUACUAGAUAAGGACCACAGCAACCUACCCCGCUCCAAAGAGGAGUUAGACCGUGAGCUUCCACUGCUGAAACCUUCCUUCAUCCAGAGGCCUGAGGUGUCAGGAACCGUGGGGUCUGGUCUCAGGGUGACCUGGCUGGGCCACGCAUCAGUCCUGGUAGAGAUGGACGGCCUGGUCAUCCUCACUGACCCCAUCUUCAGCCAGAGGGCGUCUCCCUUCCAGUUCAUGGGGCCCAAGAGGUUCAGGGGCCCGCCGUGUACAGUAGAUCAACUACCCAAGGUGGAUGCUGUGCUCAUCAGCCACACCCACUACGACCACCUGGACGUAGGUUCAGUUAGCAGCCUCAAUAAGCGCUUCGGCGCCGAGCUGCGUUGGUUUGUCCCUCUGGGGCUCCAGGGUUGGAUGCAGAGCUGUGGCUGUAAGAACGUGAUAGAGUUGGACUGGUGGGAGGAGAGCUGUGUCCCUGUCCCCAGCCCUGUCGCUGUCCCCAGCCCAGUCGCUGUCCCCAGCCCUGUCGCUGUCCCCAGCCCUGUCCCCAACCCUGUUCCCAGCCCUGUCGCUGUCCCCAGCCCUGUCCCUGUCCCCAGCCCUGUCGCUGUCCCCAGCCCUGUCGCUGUCCCCAGCCCUGUCCCUGUCCCCAGCCCUGUCCCUGUCCCCAGCCCUGUCCCCAGCCCUGUCCCCAGCCCUGUCGCUGUCCCCAGCCCUGUCCCCCCAGCCCUGUCGCUGUCCCCAGCCCUGUCCCUGUCCCCAGCCCUGUCCCCAGCCCUGUCCCCAGACCUGUCGCUGUCCCCAGCCCUGUCGCUGUCCCCAGCCCUGUCCCCAGCCCUGUCCCCAGUGGUGUCAGCCAGGAUAAGGUGAUGUUCGUGUUCACCCCAGCCCAGCA